UUUAGUGUUGUUGUCAGGUUUAGCCAGUGAUGCAGUAGGUUAGUGGACUGUUGACUGAAAAUAAAAUAAAAAUGGAGCGGUACGGGUCGGACACGGAGGGGGACGAGCAGGAGACACCGCUGCUUCACCGAGGACACGAAGACAAAGCACAGAGAGCCCCAGCAUGCUGUUCGUCACGCUAUGGCCUGGCGCUGCUCUCCUGUUUCGGCUUCUUUGUGGUCUACUCUUUGCGGGUGAACCUCAGUGUAGCAAUGGUGGACAUGCUUAACAACACCAACCCGUCCAGCACCAACCACAGCGGCUCAGUGUGUCCUGCCCAUGGCAACCCUCCACGGCCCAAACACAACCACACGGCCAGUGUGUACGACUGGGACUCUGAGAUUCAGGGCUGGAUCUUGGGCUCCUUCUUCUACGGCUACAUCCUGACACAGAUCCCUGGGGGCUACCUGGCCGGCCGCUAUGGACCCAAGUGGCUGAUGGGCUUUGGAAUCCUGGGAACUGUAGUUUUUACGCUGCUCACCCCGGUGGCUGCUGACCUGGGUGCAAGCUAUCUCAUCGCUGUCAGAGUGCUGGAAGGAAUAGGAGAGGGAGUCACUUUCCCUGCCAUGUACACCAUGUGGGCAGCGUGGGCCCCGCCGCUGGAGAGGAGCCGACUGCUCACAAUUUCCUACAUCGGAGCUCAGCUGGGGACGGUGAUAUCUCUCCCUCUGUCUGGUGAAAUCUGCUUCUACCUGGAUUGGACCUAUGUCUUCUAUGUAUUCGGUGCCAUUGGUCUGGUGUGGUUCGUCUUGUGGGCCUUUCUCGCCUUCGACAGUCCAAACACUCACCCGCGGAUAUCAGAGCGGGAGAGACUCUACAUCAACACCUCACUCAAGAACGAGCUGUCCACCUCAGCACGCUACACGCCCUGGCGAGCCAUAGUGACCUCCAGACCGCUGUGGGCCAUCGUCGUGGCUCACUUCUCCUACAACUGGACCUUCUACACCCUCCUCACCCUGCUGCCAACCUACAUGAAGGACAUCCUGGGAUUUAGCAUUCAGCAGAACGGGAUGCUGUCAGCUCUUCCUUAUAUGGGCUGCGCCGUGAUGGCUGUGCUGAGCGGCCAGUUUGCAGAUUACCUGCGGGAAACCUGCCUCUACCCCACGGUCAUUGUCAGGAAGGUCUUCUCCAUUGUCGGUAUGAUCGGGCCGGCGGUGUUCCUGGUGGCAGCAGGUUAUACAGGCUGUAACUACACCUUGGCCGUGACCUUCCUCACCAUCUCCUCUUCUCUGGGCGGAGUGUCGGCAUCCGGCUUCAACAUCAAUCACCUUGACAUCGCUCCUUCGUAUGCUGGUAUUCUCCUGGGCAUCACCAACACCUUUGCCACCAUCCCUGGCAUGGUGGGACCAGUCAUAGCAAGAGAACUCACCAAACACAACACCAUAGAGGAGUGGCAGACUGUUUUCUACAUCGCUGCUAGCAUCAACCUGUUGGGAGCGGCGUUCUACACUAUAUUUGGCCGAGGAACGGUGCAGCCCUGGGCUGUCCACACGUCCUACUCCCAUGGAGACUGAACCAGAGGACAAGCACCAAACUCGUCCACCUGACAAAUCCGAAUCAUGACAUGGACAAAUCUCAAUCAUGGGCUUUUUUUAACAGGUAAUGACAGCAAGAGACGCUCCAGCCGUGCUGAUAAUUCUCAAAGCAUGAGAAACACUGCAGGGACUCUAGACAAACCUGCAGUCACUACAAUGAACAGAAGAUUGCAGUUUUUAGCGAGGUCAGUAUUUCUUGGAGGCAAAAAUCAUUGAGAAGUGUAAACAUCUCCAAGAAAUAUCAGAGGAAGCUCUUAAAAUGCUUGUCACUAACUGAAAAGGGAAUGUAAUGAGUUAGAUAGCUCCUAGCUAGCUACUAGUAUGGCUGGUUUAAACCUGGAAGGUCAGCUAGGCUAGCUUAGAUGGCUACAGGCUGCGUAAGCCUUGUUAGUUGUACCAUGGUAAAUAAGCUAAGACAAAUGAUCCCAAUGCAGUUCCUUUUAGUGUUCAGGUUUGACACGCGGGUUAGACGGGUAUGUGCGAGGCUCAUUUGGUCUCUUCUGCUUUAAAAGACUUUUUACCCCAGAACUCCACAGUAAACCCUCCUGAGUUUUAUUGCCAUAGUCUCCACUCUGAAGAAGGAUGUUUCUGUUCACUUGUGUUUGUCAAGUUUGGGAUGACGCAAAAUGUGUUUAAAAGGUUUGUCCCAAAAAUAACCACCGUGUCACCCCAAACUAGACACACACAUUAGAUGAUGUCCUUUUUUUUGAGAGAGCGUCGUGACUGUGCACCAGGCACAGACACUUUGGACAAAUGCCUUAUAAUGAAGCUUCUUUAAAAAGAUUUCAAAGCUCUUCUUCUUUCAUGUGAUUGCAAAUGGAUCAUUUUUUGUAACCUCAGAUGGUGCAGUUAAGGAAUUUUAUGUGUAAAACAAUAUGUGUUGUCUUUUCAGGUUAUGUCCACCAGGCACCUCUUUUAUUUUAAGUAGCAGCCCUUAACUAAUGCAUACAGUAUGGAAGCACAGGUCAUGAUAUUUUCAGUCUAUAACACUAAAGCUUAGUUCAGACUGCAGGCAAAUCAUUUGUUUCUCAAAUCAGACCUUUACGACAGGCUGUUGCGCACACCAAUGCUGUGGUAACGACCUAGCUGUCAGGAACCAUACGCUGGGGGCAUGGCUUUCCAUUGCAGAGGUGUGACAAAUAGAGAUCAGUCAGCUCACCUUCAAAACAAUCGCGGUGCUGAACUCCUCUGUUGCCAACUCUGCUAGUAUCCAUCUGUAUCUGGGGUGGGGUCACACCGGCAGCAGGCCUCCUCCUCUUGGAGGAUCCUGAUCAGUUCCCAGGCCAGAUAAGAUAUAUAUAAUCCCUCCGGUGAGUUCAGGGUCUACCCUCCCAUAUAGACAUGCUUGGUGGUCUGAACAAGGCGUAUGAAGAUGCUGCGUUGUAACUUGUUGGCACCUUUCUAAUGAAGGCAAAGGAAAAAAUGCUUUUAAAGAGGUUCCUGGUGGACACGCAGCCUUAUUUCAUUCACAGGAUUUGCACUUUGUGUGUCAAUUCUCAGGUAUGUCUUAAAAGGAUUGAAAAGGAUGUUUACUUUUUAUAGACGGAUCUUUCACAUUGAGGUAUGUGUCCUCAAUUUUUAGGUGUCAACUGAAUUCCUGUUUUAAAAUGAUUUCAAAUUGUACCGUUAACAAUUUAAUAUGUGGUAGUCUUAAUUCUUAGCCUUAGCUUUUCAUCAGUGUCAAUGAAUGUGACCAGCUGAUUGAAUUUAAUGUUUUGUUUACACUCUGUCAGGUCACAUGUACGUGAUGCCGUAUGUUAAUUGUCUCUUUCCACAUAAUUACUAUAGAGAAGUAAGCCACAAUGAAAACAUUUUGUCGUGGUUGUAAUUUCUGUCAACAAGUAGCAGCAUUAUCCCAAUUUAAGAUGUGAUGCACUUGUGCCUUAUUACAUUAUCUUAAUCUGGGUCAGACAGUUCAGGACUGCAGAGUCAUUCUUUCCAUUAAGGAUUAAUUUCAUCGCUGCUUUUUAUCAUUUUGUUUAUUAGUGUCUGUACAGAGGAUAAAGGGACUUUUGAAUGAUGUAUAUAUACAAACUGUAUUGAGAGGGAAAUUUAUGUAACCUUUUAACCUGGAAACAUUCCAGAAAUAUCACUGUCAUGUAUUGUAAAUACUCCAUCAUACAGCUAUGCUCAAAUCUGAUAUCGUGUUGGGUUA